CCAAGGGGGGGAGCGGCUGAGGAGCGGAGGGGGCGGGGGUAACGUCCCCGGGACAGGAUGCGGGAGAUGAAAGCUCAGGCUGCCACCCGGGUUGGCGCGGCGGCAGCAGCCUCGCGUUCUCCAUGUAGCGGAGGCGAGCGGUGCCCCUGAAGAGGACGAGGGGGGGUUGCAGUGGUUGGCUCCCUCCUCCCCCCGCGGGGUCAUUUCUCUUUAGUGUUUGCCGAUGUUGGAACCGCUUCCAGGCCGCAGUGAUAGAGAAUGGCGCAAGUUAAAGUUCAGACUGCAGUAAACCUAUCUGGAUCUACACUGGGUGCCACAAUGCAAUCACCAUCGGUUGCUAGUACUGUUCCUCUGGUUCUGCAGUCUUCUGUGAAUGGGUCAGUCUCAGCCUCGACUUCCAGCUGUAUCAGUCCUGCAGUUGGGCUUGUGGAUUCUACUGCUUCUAUUAAUAACUCACCAGUUUCUUUCCAGGAUAACAUGGCAAACCCCAAAGAGAAAACCCCAAUGUGUCUGGUGAAUGAGUUAGCCCGUUUCAACAGAAUCCAGCCCCAGUACAAACUUCUGAAUGAAAGAGGACCAGCCCAUGCCAAGAUCUUCAGUGUACAGUUGACCCUUGGAGAUCAAACUUGGGAAGCAGAAGGAAGUAGUAUUAAAAAGGCUCAACAUGCUGCUGCAGCCAAAGCGUUGAGUGAAACCACUCUCCCAGAACCAUCCCCACGGCCAACAAAAGCAAUUAUGAAUAAUAAUCCAGGAAGCAUAACACCAACCGUCGAGCUGAAUGGUCUUGCAAUGAAGAGGGGAGAGCCUGCUAUCUAUAGACCAUUAGAACCAAAGCCAUUACCCAACUACAGAGCUAAUUAUAACUUUAAGGGCAUGUACAAUCAAAGGCUUGAAUAUGCAGAAACAGAGAAUCUGAUUAGCGAGACCAACGGGUACCAUUAUCCAACUCCCAAAUUAUUUUAUGUCCAAUUGCUUGUGGGUAAUACGGAAUUUAUUGGAGAAGGACGGACUCGUCAAGCUGCUAGACACAAUGCUGCUAUGAAAGCCCUUCAGGCCCUUCGUGAUGAACCUAUCCCAGAAAGGACAUGUCGGACUGAUGAAAUUUCAAAUGAAGGAGAAGAGGAUACAGAUAUAAACAAGUCUGAAAUCAGCUUGGUGUUUGAGAUUGCUUUGAAACGAAACCUGCCAGUCAAUUUUGAGGUAACCAGAGAAAGUGGGCCCCCUCACAUGAAGAGCUUUGUUACCCGUGUUACAGUUGGAGAGUUUACUGCAGAAGGGGAAGGCAACAGUAAAAAGCUUUCCAAAAAACGAGCAGCAAUAAUUGUCCUUCAAGAACUGAAGAAACUUCCUCCCUUACCAAUUAUAGAGAAACCUAAAACUCAUUAUAAAAAGCGCCCAAAAUCUAUACUAAAGACUGGUCCAGAAUAUGGCCAAGGUAUGAAUCCCAUCAGUCGACUGGCCCAGAUACAGCAAGCAAAGAAGGAGAAAGAACCAGAGUAUCUUCUAUUAUCAGAAAAAGGUCUUCCUCGUCGCAGAGAGUUUGUUAUGCAGGUCAAGGUAGGCAUUGAGAUAGCUACAGGAACAGGUCCAAACAAGAAAGUUGCAAAGCGGAAUGCUGCAGAGGCCAUGUUACUACAGCUUGGAUACAAAGCAUCAAUUCCUAGUCAAAAUCCACAGGAAAAGCCAGUUGAAAAGGGCUGGGAUGGACGGAAGGUCACUUUUGCAGAUCAGCCAAAUACCCAGAAAGGAAUUCUCCAUCUCUCCCCUGAUGUUUACCAGGAGAUGGAAGCAAGUCGUAACAAGGCAGCUCCCACAAUGAACUAUCUGACAUCUAAAGAAAUAAACCAAGGAUGUAGUUCAUUCUUCAGCACUACAAGCAAUACAGCAACUAUUGCAAGGGAGCUUCUGCUGAAUGGGACGUCCCCAACUGCAGAAGCUAUAAGUUUGAAAGGAAAAGCACCAGCUUCCCCCUGUUCAGCAGUACAACCCUCUCAACAGCUAGAGUACUUAGCCAGAAUCCAAGGUUUUCAGGUGCAGUACAGUGAUAUGCAGAACGGCAAAGAAUGUAUGACGUACCUGACACUUUCACCUGUGCAGAUAACUUUUCACGGCAUAGGAAGUUCCAUUGAAGCUAGCCGUGAUCAGGCAGCUUUAAAUGCCCUGAAACAGCUAUCUGAACAAGGACUCGACCCAGUGGAGGGUGCAAUCAAGGUAGAAAAUGGAUCCAUUGAAAUACAAGUCAAACAUCUGAUACAAAAAACUGACAAUAAACAGGCUAACUCAGGCACCACAGCUCAGGACUGCAAGGAUUCAAAGGCUGUCGUCAAGGAGCCUGUAGCACCCACGGCUGCCACUGCAUCCUUAUAAAGCUGUCAACACGCGAUAGGGUGUAUGUGUAUGAGGAAAUGACCAAUACCAUUAUAUGAAUCUAUGUGAAGACAACACUAAUAGAAUGCAAGAGAAUAAAUGCAUGGUACCAUUAAUCUCAAACAAAAUGACCAGACUGUAUAGAUUCCCCUUUGCAAAGAAAAGUAAAUACUUGUUGGUUGCCUGUUAGCACUAUCAUGCUGCUAAGCUUGUAUAUCAAUUUUUAGUGAAAAGUGUUUUUUUUUUAAAGUGAUAAGACAAAUACUUCACCAUUGGCUAUAAAUACUCACUAUUGUUUCAUUAACUAUCAAUUUUCCUUAGUGUAGCUUUAGUUUCUGCUUUUUAUGAUGCUUCAGCAUUUAAAAGUUAACCAAUGGCAAUGCUAUGAGAGUUGUAGUUGUUGUCUUCAUAUAUAGUCAUUCAGUUUAUCUUUUUAUGCUGAUAUAAGCAUUUAUCAUUCUAUAUGCAUAUAUAUGAUUAAGAUACAGACUGCUACUCAAGCUGUAUACAGAGAUAAAAACUGAAUCACACAAAAUGCUUAUUGAUACAUGAACUGAUGUUAGCACUGAUCAGUAUAGUUUUAAGAUUAUACUCCAGAAAGGCAGUUAUGGUGUUUGAUUUUCAUUACCAUCACAGAAGUUUGAGGUGUUUUGCCUUGCAGUAACAUUUUGUAUCCUUUGCUCCUCUGUUCUGUGAAACACAUUUACACCCAUUCUGUGUGUUGUACAACCCACCGUGUGCAUCAACUGAGUGUUUUUAAUAACUGCAUUCGGAACUGGAUAAAUAAAGUAACCUUGGUAGAAAGCAAGGUCAACAUGUACAGUAAAGAUAGCGGGUAUGUUUAAAACAUGUAUGUUAGAAAAGCUAUUAUCAAUGGACGGAAGAGUGGUUGAAGUUUGAACAGAUUGGUUAUUUUUGGAUUAAUAAUUGCCCAAAUGCAGUAAAACCACAUCAGUUCAUGAG